GCCAGGGCUGCCUGCACUCUGUUUCCGGUAGCCAGAGAGGCUCAGCAGCUGGACGGCAGGGGCCGGCUCUUACCGUUUACCUGGCGGGGAGGAAAGUUGCUUAGAGAUUUAAGUUUUGAAGAUGGGGCCUCGACGGAAAUCUGUAAAACCAUGUCGAAUGAAUGGCAGUGGUAUGGAAAACGGCAAAUCCAUUGAUCCUAAGGAUUACAUGAAUCAGUUGUCACAUGAAGUGCUAUGUCAUAUAUUUAAAUAUCUUCCACUGCAAGACAUUAUGUGCAUGGAAUGCUUGUCAAAGAAGCUGAAGGAAGCAGUGACUCUGUAUCUGCGUGUUGUCAAAAUGGUUGACCUCUGUGCUGGACGCUGGUGGGAGUAUAUGCCAACAGGCUUCACGGAUUCUAGUUUUCUGAAACUGCUUAAGAAAAUGCCGGAUAUUGAACAGCUUUAUGGCCUUCACCCAAGAUAUUUGGAGAGACGCAGAGUUCGGGGCCAUGAGGCCUUCAGCAUCCCCGGCGUGCUAGAAGCUUUACAGUCGUGCCCAAAUCUUCUGGGUGUAGAGACAUCACAUCUUGAACUUGUAGAAGCUAUAUGGACGUAUAUGCCACAAGUUCACAUUUUAGGCAAGUUUCGGAAUCGCAAUGGAGCUUUUCCUAUACCCCCAGAAAAUAAGCUCAAGAUACCCAUUGCUGCAAAAAUCCAGACCUUACAUUUAGUGGGAGUGAAUGUUCCUGAAAUUCCCUGCAUUCCCAUGCUGCGUCAUCUUUAUUUAAAGUGGGUGCGUCUAACCAAACCUCAGCCUUUUAAAGACUUCUUGUGCAUUAGCCUACGGACCUUUGUGAUGCGAAAUUGUGCUGGGCCCACAAACUCCUUAAAGUAUGUGCCACUGGUCACUGGUUUGGCAUCUGCUCGCAACUUGGAACAUUUAGAGCUGGUCAGAGUUCCUUUCCUAGGCGGCCUUAUACAACAUGUGGUGGAAGACAGCUGGAGAUCUGGAGGCUUCCGGAAUUUGCACACAAUCGUUUUAGGAGCAUGUAAGAAUGCUUUGGAAGUUGAUCUUGGCUACCUCAUAAUUACAGCUGCUAGACGGUUACAUGAAGUACGCAUCCAACCUUCAUUGACCAAAGAUGGAGUUUUCUCUGCGCUUAAGAUGGCUGUGCUAGAGUUUCCACAGUUUGAAACUUUACAUUUGGGCUAUGUGGAUGAAUUUUUGUUACAAUGUAAGAUGACCAAUGCAGAUCUAAUGAAGUACGGCUUGGCUGAUGUGGCUGAGAAUCCUGGCAUUAUCACCGAUAUUGGGAUGAAAGCUGUAAAUGAAGUCUUCUCCUGCAUCAAAUACUUAGUAAUUUACAACUGUCCCCACCUUCAUAAUCCAAAAAAUUGGAUCACAGAUCACUCCCGGUGGAACCGCUUGGUUGAUCUUAGCUUGGUGCGAUGCCAUGCCAUUAAGCUGGAAUCCUUCAGUCAGUUUGUUGAGCUACUCCCCAGUUUAGAAUUUAUCUCUCUGGACCAGAUGUUUCGGGAGCCCCCUAAGGGUUGUGCUCGUGUAGGCCUUAGCGCAGGAACAGGUAUUGGAGUGUCCUCCGCCCUUGUGAGCAAUCAGAACUCUAACAAUGAGAAUGAAAACAACAACAAUCACCAGAACAACAACAACCUGCAACACAAUAACAAUAAUCAACAGCCACAAAAUAUCCCUCCACCUCAACAUGAGGAGGGAAAUGAGGAUCCUGAAGUCAGAGCGGAGAACCAUGUAGAGGAACCACAUAUAGCCGCUGAAGCUCUAAAUGACAUGGAAGACGUUCCACAAGAGGAUGUUAGACCAGCUGCGCAAGACAAUGAAGCUGGAGUUCCGAAUUUGGCCAUUAUACCAAUGGAUGUGGAUGAAGAACGAGCAGGUCCCAGUGGUUUGCAGCCUGCUGUAAAAACUGCACCAAUCACUGUCCAUGAUUCUGACAGCGAGGAUGAAGAUGACCUUGGAAGUGGCUCCAAUGCUGGUAACGCAUCUGUCAACAACUAUCCUCAAGAGGAAGAUAAAGGUUUUCAGUUGUCUGGACCUCAGGACACCACGAAUGAUUGUGCUGUAAGUGGUAAAGGUAAAACACCUUUGAGGAAAAAGUGCAAUGUUGCCUUGAAGAGUCCAGCUCAGCAAACUGCACCAAGUGAAGAAAGUAGCUGUGAAAAGGGGUGCCAAGUGACAAGUGAACAGAUAAAAGCGGAUAUGAAGGCAGCCAGUGACCCCUCUGACAGAAGCAAAGGAAAAGAUUGUUCCAAUGAAGUGAAUGCAGCAGGUGACAUUAUAGAUGCAAAUGACCAAAAUAUGGAGACAGAUCAGUCUUUGAAUGAGAGCCCUGAUUCUGCCGUGGAAGUAGAUUUAUGUACUUGUAAUAGAUCAGAAGAUUUGGAGCUCAAUGCUGCUCAGGGACAAGAGACAGGUACAUUAUGUCCUCAUUGCUCCAAAAAUGUGAAGCAGGAACAAAAUUCACAAAGGAGAAAUAGCGGAAGUUGUGACCUACCACAGCCUUCAACCAGUCACUCCUCUCCAGGGGAUGGCUCUGAAUGCACUCUCAGGACUCCAUGCAAUGGAGCAAACAGGACUAAUUCAGGUAUAGGGGUGGAUUCAAAUGCAUCUUCUGUAAACAGGGUACAGCAAGGGGGUGCUAAUCCAAACAGGCCUCUCACAAGAGCAAGAACAAGGCUGUCUCAGGUGUCUCUUAUUUCUGAUGGGGAAUCCACACCAAAAAGCCGAAAAGCUGUAAAGAGGAAACGCACGGCUGAUAAAUCUACAAGCACCAGUGAUCCAGUUAUUGAAGAUGACCAUGUCCAGGUUUUGAAUCUUAAAUCGAAGAACCUUGUGGGUAUUACCUUAACUAACUGUGGCAUCACGGAUUUGGUCCUAAAGGAUUGCCCCAAAAUGAUGUUCAUCCAUGCAACACGAUGCCGUGUACUGAAGCACUUAAAGGUGGAAAAUGCUCCAAUAGUCAAUCGCUUCGAUUAUGCUCAAUGUAAGAAGCUUAACAUGGAACAAGUUCUUGACCAGAUCCUUAGAAUGCCCCCUGAACGAAAUCGAAUCAUCUACCUACGUCCCAUGCAGCAAGUAGACACAUUGACAUUAGAAAGAAAAAUAUUCAGUGGUCCAUACCCUUAUCACAUCUGUAUGAUACAUGAAUUUAGCAAUCCUCCUAAUGUUAGAAAUAAAGUGCGCGUCCGCAGCUGGAUGGACACUAUAGCAAACGUCAAUCAAGAGCUCAUUAAAUACGAAUUCUUUCCCGAGGCCACUCGCACGGAGGAAGAUGUAAAAAAAUAUACAAAAUAUCCCUGGGGUCGAGACAUUUACACCCUGGAAGGUGUUGUGGAUGGUGCUCCGUACUCAAUGAUCACAGACUUUCCUUGGUUACGCUCACUGAGAACUGCUGAACCAAACAGCUAUGCAAGAUAUGACUUUGAGGAUGAUGAAAAAACUACAAUAUAUGCACCAAGGAGGAAAGGGCAGCUUUCUGCAGACAUUUGUAUGGAAACAAUCGGUGAAGAGAUUUCAGAGCUGCGGCAGAUGAAGAAAGGGGUUUUCCAACGAGUUGUUGCCAUAUUUAUCCAUUAUUGUGAUGUUAAUGGAGAACCUGUAGAAGAUGACUAUAUUUAGACAGAACUUAUUGCCAUCAUUGCAUCAGUUUUAUUUUAUCUAGCUGCAUAGGCUAGAGAUGUGGCAAGUAAAAGGUUGAUCUAAUGGCAAUUGUCAACAUUCCCCAUUGGAUCCUUUUGCAGCAAGCUACAGAGUGGGGCAAGUACAUUCCCCGAAGACCAGCAAAGAAAACCGUACAGCAGCUCGGCAUUAUUAAUCCCCAACUUUCUCCAUUGGCAUUAAGUCUUCCUAAGAGCUUGGAUUCAAAGGUAGUGCUUUUGCAUAGGACUGUGUGUACUCAUCUCAAAAUUUGAUUAUGAAAGAUAGCUUCCAUUAAGUUCAUCUAUUUAGUGUCAUAGGUCCCCUUAAGAAUCUGGCUUCUUCAUUUUCAUAAUUCUGCAAAAUUAAAAUAUAAUGUAUGAUGUCUUUAUGGUGGUAGCCCUCCACUCUCAACUAAGACGGCUAAACAUUUAGUAAAACUGUUUAGUGCUAGUUAGAAUACUAGAUAUUCCCAGGGGAUGGAUACCCUUCUUCAGGUAUUGACACACUUAAGCCUACAGGUUAACGUUCGAGCCAGGAAAGCUUUGGAGAAGUAUGUAUAUCAUGGUGGCGUAGCUGAAUGGGGAGUCCUUUAGUAGAUGCAUAAAGGCCUUAAGUUAUUGUCCAGUAUGGAAACAGUCUGAAGAAAGAUAUAUACAAAUGAACAGGUCAUUUCCCAGUAUCUUGCUGUGAUCUUAACAGAAAAGGAUGCAACUAGUCUGUAUGUUAUCCUUACCAGACCGAUAUGCAGCACUGACAGUCCUGUGAGGUGCGAAGGGUUAAUUGCAAAGUACUUAGUGCUUGUGCUAAGUCUUUAGAUAGGAUAGGAGAUAAUUAGCUGAUCGCUGGGGGUCCGACAGCUGGGACCUUUGCAUAUGAUAACGGGUGUCCUGUUCCCCCAUUCUGAUGGACUUGCAGAUCUUGAAUGAGACCCACUGCUCCAUUAAUUCUCUAAGGGAGUUUCUGACAUAGCUGAGCACUGUACUCUGCUAUAUACAGCACUCCCAUAGAGAGUUAGUGCGCAUGCCCAACCUGCGGAAAUUGGGAACAGGACCCCUCUUCUCAUGAUCGGUGCAGGUCAGCUUAGUUAUCCCCUAUCCUGCGGACUUAGAAACCUAGCACAACCUCCUUAAGCAUUUUUUUUUUGUAAGAUUCUAAUUUGUUCUGAUUAGUUGCACUGAGUUGAAGCUGCCAUAUUCUAGAAGGUAAAUCACGUUUCAAAUGAGCAGUUUCUAGUUAAUGUACAAAUUUGUAUUUUUUGUAUAAUUUUUUUUUUUUCUAAUUGCACAGAGCAGAUUGUAAAAUGUAUGACAAUGGUUUGUCUGGAUUUUUAAUUCUAUCUUCACCCUUCCAGAUAUGGUAAAACAGUGUCAAGUAAAAAGUAAAUGAAC